AUGUCGUUCUUCCUUCUACAGCCAUUUUCUUUUCCUGUAUCUCUUUUCAUCAACAUUUUCAUUAUCGCUAAUUUUCUCUUCAUUCUAUCUUUUCUACCAUUUACCAUUAUUUUUAUUCUAUUACUACUCUUGCCGUUAUCUUUUUUUUCUUUCUUACUUCUUUUCGUUUUUCUCUAUUUUCACUUUUCUCCAUUGCCCGUUUUUUUUCAUUGCUGCCAAAAGUUUUUAUCUUCGUUUUUUGUUUUCGAUAAUCCUUUUGACCUUUUUUUUUUAUUGUUCUCGUCUUCUAUCAGUAAUCUUUUGCUGUUUCUAUCAUUUUAUUUUUCCCAUUCAGUCUCUAACUCCUUUUAUCUUACACGCUUCCUUUCUCUCUUCUUUUCUCCCUUUCUCUCUCCCUUCAUUCACACAAUUUUCUUCUAUCUCCAAAUAAUUUACCUUAAUUUUUUUUCACUUUUUCUAUUCUUAAUGCUACAUAUCUUUCUCUCUUUUAUUUUUGAAAUGUACUGUUGUAUUUUUUUCUUUUCCGCGCUUCAUCAUUUUUUGAUAUUCUCAUUCUGCUAUUUAAAAUGUGUUUCAAUAUCUACCAUACUAUUGUCUUUCUUUUCCACCCUUGAUAUUUCAUCAUUUUUCUUUAAAAUAUUAUCUUCUGAAUGUGAUCUCUUUAAUUGUCUCUAUUUUCAGUCUUUCUUCUUUCAUAUCACUGCCUUCAUUCAUAUUUUAGUUGCAAAACCCUUACCAUAUUUGCUCAAUGAAUUGUAA